AUCUACCAAGAUCUACUAGACUCUAGAUUCUAGAUCUUAAGGCUUAUGAGUGUAGCCUGGCAAAGCAAGAUAAAGAAAAGUUGUUAAAUGGAUAUUAAACGGGUUUGUCAAGCAAAUCACUAGAAUGCCACUCAAAGAGAUGAAAGCAGAACUGACCUGCCCAAUUUGUAUGGAGCUCUUCAGACAACCCCGGCGCCUCCCCUGUGGUCACUCAUACUGCCAGCUGUGUAUCCGGGCCAUGAUUGAGAAGAAAGCUGAGGAGAGCGGGUCGUACCACCACUAUUUCCGUCCACUAGUAUGUCCAGAAUGUAGAGAGGAGAUAAGUAUAGAUUUUGUUAGAGGCAUUGAAGCCAUCCCAACAGACUUCAAGCUAACCAAGCUUGUGGAAUUAUUUCAGUUUCUUAAGGAUGCUGAUGACUCAGAUGAAGAGGGUGUGUCCCACAACACUGUGCUACAUGCUGGAACACAUCAGUUGGAAACUGCUGUAGAGCAACAUCUUGCAUCAGUCCAACAGGCAGCUGUGUCAUCUGUCAACCAACAGACAGCUGUGUCAUCUGUCAACCAACAGACAGCUGUGUCAUCUGUCAGCCAGCAGACAGCUGUGUCAUCUGUCAGCCAGCAGACAGCUGUGUCAUCUGUCAGCCAGCAGACAGCUGUGUCACCUGUCAUCCAACAGGCAGGUGUGUCAUCUGUCAUCCAGCAGACUGUCAUCUGCCAUCCUGCCUCAGACACCAACGAGGCAGCGACCUUACCAGUCAACAGAGGGUGGCCAGCCGAGUCUGUCCAAGCUGACAUUGGGGGCGUGUCAGGUGCCAUUGGGGGCGUGUCAGGUGCCAUUGGGGGCGUGUCAGGUGCCAUUGGGGGCGUGUCAGGUGCCAUUGGGGGCGUGUCAGUAAAUGGUGAGUUACCAGAAGUGAGUUGCCAUAGUGACCAGCAGGAGCAACUCUCAACACAAUGUCAUCAAGACCUGUCCACCUCGUCCUUGUCACUACCAAAUUUAGAGCUCAGUGUGUCGCACGAUGUGGCCAGGAGUGAGAGAGCUCAAAGUGUGCCACACGGUGACGGCCCACAUGGGGAUGGCCCACGUAAACACGGCCCACAAAUAGCAGGCCAAGCUAGACGCAAGCCCAGGCAGAGAAAACAUUUCUUCUCCAACUCCUCAACAAGCUCUAGUUCUAGCCAGGACCCCACCCCACCUCCCAAAGGGUCCACCCCACCAGCCAAAGGAUCGAAGUCUAAAAACAAAGGAUGGUUGAUGAGCAAGUUUUUGAAGUCCAUCAUUUUCUCUGAUUCUAGUUCAUCAGAAGACAGUGAGGGGGAUGUGGGUCAGGUAGCUGCCUCUGCUGGUGCCGCACCAGGGACAUUACAGAGCCAGGAGAACUUAGAGAACCAUCCAGCAACUGGUGAUGCUCAAGCUUCUAGAACAGAACUGAAAGAAGUUGCCGAGCGUUUGGACCCAACACAAGACGCGGGCCAGCAGACCCUGGGUGCAAGUGGGUGUGUGGGGAUCCCACAGGCCACGCUGUAUGAUAACAUGAAGAGCACCUACAGCAGGUAUGUACCUUGUGCCCCAGAGGGGGGGAGGGAUGAGAGAAAUCCUGUGACAGACAUUGAAGACUUGAAAACAUAUCCUGCCACAGACACCAGUCUGGGCCGCAGUGCUCCAGUAGAUGCUGGAACCACAAGUUUGACUGACAGGCAGCUCAGCACCGGGGAAUUGACCAGUGUUUAUGAUAAUUUUAUCAACCUUGACCUACAUGGAAGAAUGGUUGGGGAGUGGCUUGCUAGACAGGAGGGUCUAGCAGCAAGGGAGAGAACUCCUUCAACUGUUAGCUCCUAUGGUGAGUUGUCUCUGACAGACAGACUAGAUGAGAGCAACUCUGGGUACGCCCGCGCUAGGAACCUGUCAGAGAUCAACUUAGCCCCCACGACCUUUGCCAUUGAUCAGACUGUGGCACCAGGUGCAGAUGGUCCACUGAAUGCCUGCCCAGAGCCCACUGGUCACUGCCAGAGAGCGGUCAGCUCAAGUGAUGAUGAGGAUGAGGCCCAACCUGGGACAUGCAUGCUUCAGAGCAAAAAAAAGCCAAGGUCAAGGCUAAAAAAGUUUUUAACGUCCCUGUUGUCUCUGUCCUCGUCAGAUGAGGAUGAUGAAGAUGAAUGUCGUACCGCGAGCUCAUCUAAAUCCUCUGGGUGGUAGAGGCUGGCAGGGUCAGUCAGGACUUAUGAAUGACCAGCAAAUCAGAUGACAGACAGGCCAUUGCUGACUGACCAAAUGUUUACAUAUUCUUCAGUUAUCACUGAUGCAUUCUGACAUUAUUUAAAAAUGUUGGAACUGUGGUAGAGGUCAGGACAAAAUAAUUUAUUGGAGUGUCUGUCACCUUCUCUGAUGUGUGCAGUAGUGAUGUUUUGCUGCUGUGAUGUGUGCGGUAUGGUGAUGUUUUGCUGCUGUGAUGUGUGCGGUAUGGUGAUGUUUUGCUGCUGUGAUGUGUACGGUAUGGUGAUGUUUUGCUGCUGUGAUGUAUGCGGUAUGGUGAUGUUUUGCUGCUGUGAUGUGUGCGGUAUGGUGAUGUUUUGCUGCUGUGAUGUAUGCGGUAUGGUGAUGUUUUGCUGCUGUGAUGUGUGCGGUAUGGUGAUGUUUUGCUGCUGUGAUGUGUGCGGUAUGGUAAUGUUUUGCUGCUUUAAGCUGUGCUUCCAUAAUUUGUGAGAUUAAUUUAUUGUGAUGGUCCAUCACCUGCUGAGUUAAUUCACUUCCAUUUUUUUUAAUUUGUCAGCUUCCAUAAGGAGUAUUUUGA